AAAGAUUAUGAAAUCAAAAUAAAAGAAAUACUAGAAACGAAUGAACUUUUUCCUGAAAACAUAUAUAAUAUAGAAAAUAAGGAAGAAAUGCGAUAUUUUAAUAACCAAGUUCUUACUCUAUUACAAAUUAAAAAAUUUCAAAUAAUAUUUUCUCAAAAUACUAUUACGGAAAAUAAUGAAGAACAAGAAAUUAAUGAAAAGUUAACUGUUGUUUUAGAUCAGCAAGAAAAAGAAGCAUUUAUUAAUAAACUUCGUACAAUG